CUCUUCUGGAUGGUGGAGAGAAAGGUUCCGUUCGCAGCGGCACAGCGGGCCGGUUGUUUUCAACGGCGGUGACGGAGUUGGUAGCCCGGCCGACUGCAGGCGGGGGCGUUAGGAGGCGGAUUCCUUCUCCCUCAAGUACUGGGGGCGGGGAGGAGGGAAGCUGGGCCAGCGGGCCGGGGACCGAGCCGCGAAGUCCCAGCGGGCCGAGAUGGAGGGCGACGGCGUGCGGUGGGGCAGCGAGUCGGUGCCGGGUCCCGGCCCUGGAGGCGGCGGAAUGAUCCGGGACCUGUGCCGGGGCUUCGGCCGUUACCGCCGCUACCUGGGACGGCUACGGCAGAACCUGCGCGAAACCCAGAAGUUCUUUCGUGACAUCAAGGGCUCCCACAGCCACAGUUGUCCCUCCUCCCCCACGAGCGAUGGCGGGGCCCAGCGCGGCCCAGCCGGCGAUGUCGCCGAGACCGGGCUGCAGGCUGGCCAGCUGAGCUGCAUUUCCUUCCCACCUAAGGAAGAGAAGUACCUUCAGCAGAUUGUGGACUGCCUCCCCUGCAUCUUGAUCCUCGGCCAGGAUUGUAAUGUCAAGUGCCAGCUAUUGAACCUGCUUUUGGGGGUGCAGGUACUUCCUACCACCAAGCUGGGCAAUGAGGAGAGCUGUAAGCUUCGGCGCCUCCACUUCACCUAUGGGACUCAGACUCGGGUCAGCCUGGCGCUCCCCGGCCAAUAUGAACCAGUCUCCACGCUGGUUGCUCACCAGGGCACCUGGGAGACCAUCCCUGAGGAGGACCUGGAGGUCCAAGAGGACAGUGAGGAUGCUGCCCAUGUUUUAGCCGAACUGGAGGUGACGAUGCACCAUGCUCUCUUACAGGAAGUGGACAUUGUGGUGGCACCAUGCCAAGGCCUCCGGCCCACAGUGGAUGUUCUGGGUGACUUGGUGAAUGAUUUCUUGCCUGUGAUAACCUAUGCACUCCACAAAGAUGAACUCUCUGAGAGGGAUGAGCAAGAGCUUCAGGAAAUCCGAAAGUAUUUCUCCUUUCCCAUAUUCUUUUUCAAAGUGCCGAAGCUGGGCUCAGAGAUAAUUGACUCCACCAGAAGAAUGGAGAACGAAAGAUCAUCGCUUUAUCGCCAGCUAAUUGACCUGGGCUAUCUGAGCAUCGGUCACUGUAACUAUGGGGCCCCCAGCCAGGACACUAAAGCUCAGAGCAUGUUGGUGGAACAAAGUGAGAAGCUAAGACUCUUGAGCACAUUUUCUCACCAGGUGCUCCAGGCUCGCCUGGUGGACGCGGCCGCAGCCCUGAACCUGGUGCACUGCUGCUGCCUUGACAUCUUUAUUAACCAGGCCUUUGACAUGCAGCGCGACCUGCAGAUUACUCCCAAACGUCUGGAAUAUACACGAAAAAUGGAGAACGAGUUGUAUGAAUCACUGAUGAAUAUCGCCAACCGAAAGCAGGAGGAAAUGAAAGAUAUGAUUGUUGAGACGCUUAACACCAUGAAGGAGGAACUUCUGGAUGAUGCAGCCAAAAUGGAAUUUAAAGAUGUCAUUGUUCCUGAGAAUGGAGAACCAGUGGGCACCAGAGAGAUCAAAUGCUGCAUCCGACAGAUCCAGGAACUCAUCAUCUCCCGGCUGAAUCAGGCGGUGGCUAACAAGCUGAUCAGCUCAGUGGAUUACCUACGCGAGAGCUUCGUGGGAACCCUGGAGCGGUGUCUGCAGAGCCUAGAGAAGUCUCAGGAUGUCUCAGUUCACAUCACCAGUAAUAAUCUCAAACAGAUCUUAAAUGCCGCCUAUCAUGUUGAAGUCACAUUUCACUCUGGGUCCUCAGUUACAAGGAUGCUAUGGGAGCAAAUCAAACAGAUCAUCCAGCGUAUCACAUGGGUGAGCCCACCUGCCAUCACACUAGAAUGGAAGAGGAAGGUGGCCCAGGAAGCCAUUGAGAGCCUCAGUGCCUCCAAGUUGGCCAAAAGCAUUUGCAGCCAGUUCCGGACUCGGCUCAAUAGUUCUCACGAGGCUUUUGCAGCCUCCUUGCGGCAGCUGGAAGCUGGCCACUCAGGUCGGUUGGAGAAAACUGAAGAUCUAUGGCUGAAGGUUCGGAAAGAUCACGCCCCACGCCUGGCCCGCCUUUCUCUGGAGAGCCGUUCUUUACAGGAUGUCUUGCUGCAUCGUAAACCUAAACUGGGACAGGAACUGGGCCGGGGCCAGUAUGGUGUGGUAUACCUAUGUGACAACUGGGGGGGACACUUCCCUUGUGCCCUGAAGUCAGUUGUUCCUCCAGAUGAGAAGCACUGGAAUGACCUGGCUUUGGAGUUUCACUAUAUGAGGUCUCUGCCAAAGCAUGAGCGAUUGGUAGAUCUCCAUGGUUCUGUCAUCGACUAUAACUACGGUGGUGGCUCCAGCAUUGCUGUGCUGCUUAUUAUGGAGCGGCUACACCGGGACCUCUACACUGGGCUAAAGGCUGGGCUGACCCUGGAGACACGUUUGCAGAUAGCACUAGAUGUGGUGGAAGGAAUUCGCUUCCUGCACAGCCAGGGACUUGUCCACCGUGAUAUCAAACUAAAAAACGUGCUGUUGGACAAGCAGAACCGUGCCAAGAUCACUGACUUAGGAUUCUGCAAGCCAGAGGCCAUGAUGUCAGGCAGCAUUGUGGGGACACCAAUCCAUAUGGCCCCUGAACUCUUCACAGGGAAGUAUGAUAAUUCAGUGGAUGUCUACGCUUUUGGCAUUCUUUUCUGGUAUAUCUGCUCAGGCUCUGUCAAGCUCCCUGAGGCAUUUGAGAGAUGUGCCAGCAAAGACCAUCUCUGGAACAAUGUGCGGAGAGGGGCCCGCCCAGAGCGUCUUCCUGUGUUUGAUGAAGAGUGCUGGCAGCUGAUGGAAGCCUGUUGGGAUGGUGACCCCUCUCAGAGACCUCUCUUGGGCAUUGUCCAGCCCAUGCUCCAGGGCAUCAUGGAUAGGCUGUGCAAGUCAAAUUCUGAACGGCCAAACAGAGGACUAGAUGAUUCUACUUGAAAGCAAAGACUUUUCUCUUCCAUUCUUUAUUUCCUUCCUUCCCCUCACCUUUUGGCUAUGGGAAGAAUUUGACGGUUGUUCCUUACGGAGAGCUCCCUAGGGAAUUGAUGCUUGCUAGGCAGCUUGAGACCUCCCCAGGCAGAGAUGACUCCUAGAUAGUGCAAUCAGAUGGCUGAGCCUAUUCAGCAGUUCACUGGUGCCCCAAGCUGUCCCUUUAGCAAAAGAUUGUCUAGGACAUUGGUAAAAGCUGAAGAAGGCCAAGUUCUGGCCUCAGAACUGAAAAGGAGGCAAAUGUUACCAUCGUCUGUUCACUGUAUGUUUUUUAAGACAAAUGGGACACUAUAGUGGCAAUAGUAUUAAAAACUGUAAUGUUCAUAAUUUUGGCUUUAUCUAAGAAUAGUGUGGUUCUGUCUAGUCGUCAGGACCCUUAGAAAAUUUGAGCUUUGUUCCGGGAUUGUGAAAACAUAGGAGCAAAGAUUAACUUGUGGCUACCUGGUCCCUGCUGUCUGUACUCAGGUUGCCACAGCUAGAGGCCACAGUGAUGAAGCUAGAAACAAAGCUAUCUGUUCCUUACAGUGCCAGUGUUUACAUUUAUAGGACCGCAUAGCCCUGGCUUCUGCGGGAGGGUUUCAUGGUUACAUCGCCAAGAGGCCACAAAAAGAAAAGUGUGUGCGUGUGUGUAUGUGCGCGCGCGCACACACAUACAGGCUAAUGGAUUUCAAGUUACUGCAGCCCCUGGAACAGGAUCUCUCCUGCCCUUGGGUCUUGAUUUUUUUCCUUUUUGUUCUCAAGUUGAAGAAGCUCCAGUUAACAUGGUACUUAGCGGUUAGUGUCUGAGUAAAACUGACCCAGCGUGAAAUAUUUGGUGAGCCUGAGAAGUGGGCAAUGAUCUGGAGGCCGUGGGCCUCCAUAUAAACCCACUAGAAGGAUACCAGCUUGUUUUUUAAAACUUAAAAUCAGAAACUUUUUUUUGUGUUUGAAUCUAACACGCUGAUAUUUUUAAACUUGAUCAAUGAGCUUUUUAACCAAGGUUUCUUCUGCAACCUGUCCCUUCUUUUUACCUUAUUUUAAAUAUAAUGUUAGAAGGAAUGAACUAGCUGAAAGAGAAGAAUAUUCUUUGUAGUUCUGUGUGUGCCCCCUUUCCCUGUGUGUCAGUGUCUUGGAAGGGUCCCCUCCCUUGCAGUUGGGAGGUUGGGCGGUGGUCUUCUGGAGUUUGUCAUGGAGUAUGGAUCAGAAGAGAAAUUCUGAUGCCAGUCAAAGGAAAGUUCAUGGAGUAUAGAUCAGAAGAGAAAUUCUGAUGCCAGUUAAAGGAAGGUUCCGGAACAAUUUAAACAUUGGUGCAUCUCAGAUGUUGGUUCCGGAACAAUUUAAACAUUGGUGCAUCUCAAGCCUCCCUCAGUCAAAAUGGUCCAUUAGACUUAGAAAAACAUACAGACGAAGGAAUAAAUAGUGGAGGAGAGUAGCUUCCUUCCAACUACCCAGUCCCCAGGCACUGCGGUUGUUCCCCGGUGCAUGGCCCCAAACUGUGUGAAACAUGUCCCUGAGCAGAUGUUUAAGAUAAUGUGCAGAUUUGUUACCGGAAUUUUGUAGGGUUGUUUGUGACAGAAUGACCAUCUCUUGAACAUUAACAGGAUAUGAAUGGAGUCUACAAGAAAUAUUUCUUGUAACUUUUAAAGCUCAGUUUUUAACUCUGGUUCUUUUGGCUCUGAUUAUGAUAUGUUUGAGCGUAGUGGCCUCCUAAGCACUUGUAGCCCUUCAAAAACUCAACAUAUUGCUCAAAACCUUUUUACUUGCAAAUGAUAAAGUAACUGACCCAGUGUCUUUGGGUUCUGUAGGCUCCAGACUCCUUUAGCUAGAACGUUCAGUAGACGUCUUAGACUUUUUAACACUCAUUUAGCUUUACGUCAGGUCACCAUUCUUGUCAGCAGUAACACCUUGUUCUUGUGGGGACUGUGACGGGCCUUCCAUGAAGCCAAGUUUCAAGUUACAAAAGAAGAGGCGAGUAGUCUCUACUUGCUGAAAAAUCAGUGUAAAUCUAUUUCUGUAUGACAUUUCAUGAAAGAUUUUAUAGUGUUCCCUUUUCCUUUAGCUAGACUGUCUUCCUUUAGCUAGCUGUAAUCAGGAGUCUGUGCCCCUGUCAUGAAGGCCACGUUCCUAACAUUCUUUGGAAGUCUUAGCUCAUACCCCCACUCACAGAUAGGACAGUAUGGUUUUCUCCAUCCAGAGUCCCUUUGCAGUUUGUCCUCUGUGGCUUAGUCUGCUCAGACACCAGUUUUCUAGCAGUUUCCCACAUUUUUUGAUUGAGUAGGGAGGGAUGAAGGGCUGAAAGAUGAGUAGUUGUGUUAUAGUUCAUUAAAGUAUUCCAAGAAAAGGUGCAAAAUAUUCCUGGGAGUCUCCUCUAGGCCAGCCAAAGCCCACGUGUAGGUGUUUGGAAGUGUAUUUAAACACUCAGCAGGCUGAGUGCAGGGAUACAUAUGUAUAACAGGCGUGUACUUUGCUUUUGUUUUAUAACAUUAUCAGCUAAUUUUGGAUUCUUUGUUCCUUGGCACCCAUUAUUAGUAAAGUGAUGGAAUGCCAUUAAAUGUACUGUACUGUAUAUUACUUGGGAAGACACUAGGUAUUCAAAGAAGUCUGGUGGCACUUGGGCUCUCAGGGGCUCAGAAAGACUAAAGUCUGAAGAUUUUACCUUCUGGCUUUGGCUGUAUGUGCUUCCAAGUGGUAAGAUGAGAUUGUGUCUGGGGAAGGAAGAAGGAUGGGAUGAAAGAAUUACUCUUACUAUGUUCUGUCCUUCUCAUCAACUUAAUUAGGGUAGUUUACCCCAACCUGAAAAUGAUCACCUGGCCAUUUUUAAUGCACUUGAAGUCUGAUCACUUAUGUUCCUUCAGAACUGAGUGAAGGACCUUCCUGCAGAGCAGUUGGAAGAAAUGAUGGAGUCUGCAGCCAGGAGGGGCUGACCCUGUGCCUAGGGAGCCAGCAGUAAGGUUAACGAAUGCUCUUUUGGGUGAGGUUUCCCCAGGCAUGCCCAAGUUCCCUUGAUCCUCUGCAGAGAGAAGCUCAUUGAUUGAGCAAGCCUUGGGAAGGAGGGCUGUGCGGGUUCUUCCCAGACCAAAGAGAGUCACUUGUGACUCCAUCAAUUUCAGGGGGACAGAGCCUAGGCAGCAACUUCUCCUAAUUUUUAACACUAAAAUUCAAGGAAACAGUGAAGGAGAGGAUACAUUACUACCACAGAUAGAAGCAGGUGAAUGGUACAACUUUCAAGCGGUACCUGCCCCCUCUCCAAUGCAUUAUUUUUUUCAUCUUUGCUUGAGCUGCCAAACGUGUUGUAAAAGUAUUUUUCUUACAGGAGAAGUGGUUUGGGGUGACAGAGCUGCAACGUGGUAAUUGCACUGAAUGACACUUUAUACUUUGGUUUAUUAUUCAGCACUGAGAGCCAAGGGGGACUGGUGGUUACAGUAGCACUUGGAGGAAUAGAGACUCCCUCUGGCCUUGCUUUGGCGAAAAGGCCUGUUUGGUGUUCCAUCUGGCUAAUAGGGACUCUCCAAAGUCCACACUGCAUCAGAGCGGGCUAAGUGGUCCUCCAAGAGUUUAUUACCAAAAGAGGAGUUGCUUUGAGUUUUCAGAGCUUGAUUUUUGGAUUUGCUGGACCAAAUAACCCACUUUCUCUUUAAAAGAAAAAAGUUUGUCCUCCUAAAUUUGGAGGUGGGAUGGGUUAGGGCUAGUGUGGAUGUUAAGGUGGGUAAGGAAGGAGUAACCUUGAGAAACUUGUAUUGCAAACUCCCUUGGGGAUUUCGAGUGGCACUACUGUUUUAAAAAGGGUUUUAUUUUUAACUUCAUCUGCUUUGUUAACAUCCAGUCCAGUUGAGAUGAUGGAAGAGACUCCGUGUGAACACCUGGCACUGAGAAGAGAAGACCAUCUUCCCUAAAGGGUUGAAAAGAAAAUUGGUCUGGACAGCUUGUUGUCUUUUGUCUUUAUGUAAUAGUUUUGUUUUAAAGCGCUAAUGUUUAUUACAGUGUUAAGUAAAAGUGUAACAUACUAAGUUUGUAGAAUAAAAGUGCAAUAACGAGAAAUUACUUUGGCACAAACUUCAGUUCUAACGCGCUCUCCCUUCCUGUGCUGUCUCUCUUCAUUUGUUACAUUUCCACACUUAUAGCAGGGCCGUGUUCAUUGUGUAUGUGUUUAAAAGAUGCAACUAUGGGUUAAGUCUUCAUUUAGUGUAUUUUUGAAGGUGUUUUUGGGUUUGGUUUUAUAGAGUAUUCUGUAUACUUGUUGGGAUGCACAAAAUACCAGAUGUGCUGUAUAAUAAAGAUCACAUUAACGUUUUA